CCUGGUGUUGUCGCCCUCAGUAAUGUGUCGUAGGUUUGGUUUUGUUUUUUUCUAAACAUUCUUGUUAAUUCAUAGGCUUUUUCAGGUGACCGUUUUGCCAGAUUCUAUGACCGUUUUGUCCAUGUAUAAACUUACUACAGCCAAAUACGUUUUACAGCCACAAAACAUUUAAUUUGUUUUAUUGCACAGUGUGGGCGAGUCAGCGCGUUUGCAGUCGGGAGUGUCAGUCAGCGCUGUCGGAGUGUCAGUGGCGCAUCUCCGCAUCUCACGGACCCGCCGAGGAAAGCCUCAGGAUGUGAAGCUUUAGGUCUUGUGAUCGGGCCAAGCUUGGUUUCACACGACAAGCAGAUGCGAAAAGCGGAGUGAUAAUCAACGUGAUUAUGAGAAAAGAGAAAGGGGCUGUCGGCGCUGUAUAUGUUUUGCUCGUGGAGAUGAGGCGGGGGGUCGCGAGGCGCUACAGAAUUGUUGGUCUCUGGCCAAACACUUCCCUGUUUUAGCAGCCGCGCUGCACGAGACCCAGUUGCGUUUAUCACAGGAGGAAAAGCUGAACAUCUUUCAUAGUCUGAGUCGCGGAGGAUGCGGCUGGCGUGACAACCUCUCAGACUGCUGCUGCCAUGAUAGGCAACCGCUUUCUCAUGGGCACGGGCUUGGCCGGUUAGCGAACGGCUGUGUGAUAGCAGAGUGGCCCGGCAGCAGCACGGCCGAUGCUCUGAGCAGAAAGAUUAAGUCUGUAAAUAUUGCUCUCGUUAUUCUUCUCUAAUCGUUUGGAAUCUCAGGGAAAAUGUCCUCUCGGUCUGCUUUACCGUCUGCCACCGACCGGAGCUCGGAUCACCAUGCGUCACUGGCAGCGAGUCGUUCAGAGAAGGGCACCAGCGUGUCAAGCCGUUCUCUUGGUGCACGCUGCCGCAACUCAAUGGCCUCCUGCUCGGAUGAGCAACCGCAUAUUGGCAACUACCGGCUCCUCAAGACCAUCGGCAAGGGCAACUUCGCCAAAGUGAAACUGGCCCGCCAUGUCUUAACUGGCCGAGAGGUUGCAAUAAAGAUCAUCGACAAAACUCAGCUGAACCCAACCAGCCUGCAAAAGCUAUUUCGAGAGGUGCGCAUCAUGAAGACUCUUCGUCACCCCAACAUAGUGCAGCUGUUUGAGGUGAUAGAGACAGAGAAGACCCUGUACCUGGUCAUGGAGUACGCGAGUGGAGGUGAGGUGUUUGACUACCUGGUGUCUCAUGGAAGGAUGAAGGAGAUUGAAGCAAGGGCCAAAUUCAGACAGAUUGUCUCUGCUGUGCAUUACUGUCACCAGAAGAACAUAGUUCACCGGGACCUGAAGGCAGAGAACCUCCUGCUGGAUGCAGACUCCAACAUUAAGAUCGCUGACUUUGGCUUCAGUAACGAGUUCACUCUGGGCACCAAGCUGGACACAUUCUGCGGCAGUCCGCCCUACGCCGCGCCCGAGCUCUUUCAGGGCAAGAAGUAUGACGGGCCCGAGGUAGACGUCUGGAGCCUGGGGGUCAUCCUCUACACGUUGGUCAGUGGCUCUCUGCCCUUCGACGGACAGAACCUGAAGGAGCUACGUGAGCGUGUGUUGAGGGGGAAGUAUCGAGUUCCCUUCUACAUGUCCACAGACUGUGAGGGGAUUCUGCGCAGGUUUCUGGUGCUUAACCCCACCAAACGCUGUACACUGGAGCAAGUGAUGAAGGACAAGUGGAUGAAUACAGCCUAUGAGGGCGAUGAGCUCAAGCCUCAUGUGGAGCCUGUUCAGGACUACAGUGAUGCCAGCCGCAUUGAGGUGAUGGUUGGGAUGGGGUUCACUCCAGAGGAGAUUAAGGAUUCUUUACUCAAUCAGAAAUACAAUGAAGUCACAGCAACUUACCUUCUGUUGGGUCUGAAGACAGAGGAUGGCGCAGAGUCACGUGUGAGUGGCAGUAUGACGUUGCCAAGGAUGCGUCCGAGCCCUAUUACCAAUGGAACGAACAAACACUCUGCUGCUGCGUCAGCUUCAUCCACAUCCUCUUCCUCACAUAGCAAGACGCAGCGCAGUGCCUCCACCUACCAUCGCCAGCGACGGCACAGUGACUUCUGUGGGCCAAGCUUGCCCGUUAUGCACCCUAAGCGCAGCCCCACAGGCGGGGCAGAGCGGGAGCUGCGUGAGAGCCGCAUGCCGCCUCGAAAAGCCAGCUGCAGCGUGAUGGGCAGUCGCAGCCUCCCGCCGCCCAGCCCCAUGGUCAGCAGCGCCAACAACCCCAACAAGGCCGAGAUCCCAGACAGGCGCAAGGACAUGACAGCUACAACCAAUAAUAUCCCUGGCAGUGCAAUGACACGCAGGAACACAUAUGUCUGUACCGAUCGGCCCAGCACAGACAGACAUUCUCUACUGCAGAAUGGCAAGGAGAACAGCUCACUCUCUCACCGCCUACCACCGGCCUCACCUUCUGCUCUCAGUAUAGCUGGAGGAGGUGCUUCCUCCUCAUCUUCCUCUGGUGAGCGAUGCCGUCUGACGCGUGGAUCCACCGUGCGAAGCACCUUCCAUGGAGGUCAGCUCCGGGAGAGAAUGCCUGCUGGCUACGGGCCGCCGCCCACAUCACCCACCCUGGGCAAUGACACAGCCACCCUGCCCCCUCAUGCACGCACCAGAGCCACAUCCAACCUGUUCAGCAAAAUCACCUCCAAACUCACCCGCAGGGUCAAUCUCGACCCCUCUAAGAGGCAGGGUUCUAAUAAGUCAGUAUCGGGUGCCACUCUUCCACAGGGAUCCAAAACAGUUAGGUCACAGAUGAACCUGAGAGAGUCAGCCGACCUUCGCUCUCAGGGUAGUGUCACUGUGUUUCUCUCUGUGUGUUACUGUGUCAGUGGCCAUCUACUUGGGGAUCAGAAAGAGGCCGAGCCCUGGCUCGGGGGAGGGGGGCGGGAUGUGAGUCUCCAUAGGCCCCACCCCCCACAUGCUCCCACUGAGGUGGUACUGGCUGUGUGCAGUGCAGUGAGUGGGUGUGGCUGCCAGGUACCACGCACUGGCCCCUUCCUGCUUUGCUGCAGCCAUGAAGCGGUGGGGUCAAAGGUCACGUCCCAGAUGGAGGUGUGUCAACUGAACAUCGACACAUCCAAAGUAAACAGUGUAUGCUAUACGCACCUAUGGGGGGUGCCACUUAUAUUCAGACACAUCGCCUCUCAGAUCUCCAAAGAGGUGGGAUUGUGAGCGGUUGAUGGAGGGUCCUACACUUGGACACACCCCAUCUUUUCUCUGUUGUCAUGCCGAACUGACUUGGCCUGUUCCACCUCUAAUUGCAUAGAGUGAAAAUCCUUCUCUCUCCCCAGUGGGUGCAAAACCUCACCUGUUAUACACGCAUACGCAGACAUACAGACAUACACACACAGACGCACUCAGACGCACACACACAUACAAACACAUAUACACA